GUUCUUUCUUACACUUUAUUAUACACUACUACGUCUAACGGAGUAAACAAAUGUUAAAAUAGACUGGUCGCGCAACGCGCGACACCAAAAGACUAGUAUGUAUAUAAAUGUGUGUAGUAGUGCUAUAAAUUGAUGCACGCUAAUUUUUUAAUCGUCUGCUCCACGCGCCAGUCGCUUUACUAUUGGUUCUUGCCCCCCUUCUCCGUCUAAAAACCCCUCCGGUUAAUACUGUCCCUCCGGCAUCUGAAUCUUCUUCCCGGCUCCGAUGAAAGAAUAAACAGACUGAAGAAAUUGGACUUCAAAAAUUGGUAUAUUUAUAUAUAUUUUGGGAUAACUUAGAGAAAGAUGAGGAAACUAUCUUUGUUCCUGUUUCUGCUGUUAAUGGCGUCAAUGGUUCUUCCACUAGUCCUACCAAUUCAGGCUGUGGAUUCGGAAGAAUCCAUUGGCAUGAAAAACUCACCAUCGGUGCAGUGGGAGGUUUUAACAAAAAGUAACUACUCCUCGGAAAUCCGUCGCCACGCUCAUAUCCUUCUGAUGAUCACCGUCCCUUUGACAGGAAGGAUUUGUCCGCCCCUUUUGAUGGGAGAUUUAUUAUCACUUUUGGGUUAGCUACACGGAGCAUCCUUUCUUACCCUUGGGGGGUCACAGGGAAGGUCUCUAAGAGAUCAUUUAACACAAAGGACUAAACAUUUCCAGGAAUCAGAGCAGAAUUCACCUAGCUGCUCUGUUCUCAGUAGGAGAAGACUCGCCACCAGAUAUAUUCGCUUGGUCAAUUAGCAGGAACUUCACUGCCCUAGCGGGAAAGCCCUCACUUUGGGCGACAUCGUUACCCCCAAGAACAAGAAUAACUGCAGGGAAGAUAUUAUUAAAAAGGAAAAUGAGCCUCAUGACUAAUAAUUUCACUUGAAGAGGGUUGAUAGUAGGUUUUACUAGAGCAAUUGACGUAGGCUAUAAUAACCUAAUAUAUUUUGAGUUAAGGAAUGAAACAACUAAAAACAGAAUAUAGGUCAGAGUCUGUAUGAAGCCUGAGGGUGAUAGUUCUUGAUGUAAGUGCCAUUUUUCCAAUUUCCAGGUGGUCAAGAACAAGUGCUACCUAGUACUUUAUGCACUCAGAAUCUCUUGAUACAUUUUUGUGUUCCACUCGAUGUUUAUCUUUUUUACUAGUCUAUGUAAAGGUUUUAAGCCCUUAGACACAUCUUGUUCUAUCUAAAUUUCAUCUUAAUUAUCAAAAAUUUUGCUAAUCCUACAUCUUCGUCUAUUAAACCGUACCUUUCAGAUAAGUACACCCUCAUGUAUAAGGGUGACUUUACUUUAAAAUUCAUUAGAAUGUAAAUGAUUACUAUUAUAAAUUAAUGCGACUUUCAACACUCAACAAUAAGAAGCCUUUUUCCCUCUAUGUGGGGUAGGCCAUAUGGAUCAUAUAUGAAUUCCAUUACUCACUUUAAGGAAUUCAACUUCAGUUCAUGAAGCAAAAAUUGACAGCCAACGCUUGAAGCAAUAUACGACUGUAAUUUUCCAAUAAUAAUUUCAUCAAUUAUUUCACAGAAUCCAGAGUUUGUGUAUUCUGCAGAUGUUACCUGGUUGGAUUUUUAAAUAGUGGAUGGAUGUCAAGAUAUUCUCGAUAUUGAAUUGAAUUAUUUUAUUUGUUUUGUCAGAUGAAUGCUCAUGUGACCAAAUGAAAGUAUCUGUGUUAUGAUACAAUACUAUUGUGUAACUGGGAAACAUUAUUCCUUCUCUUUUAUCAUUUCACAUUAUUGCACAAUUUUAUGUACCUUUUGUCGCGUUGUUACUUCUUUGGACACAUUUUCUUUUGUUCUAUCUCUUAAUAAUGGUAAAAGUAUGUGAGAUGUUAGUUACUGGUUCUUUGUAUAAAUUUAGUGUGCUGAACCUUUUCCCAGGGUGUGGUGAAUCUAGAUCCCUUAAGAAGGAGUUGGUGAAUGUGAUUCAGAGGGAACCAGAGAGGUUUGGUACAUUGAAGUUGAUGCUAGUGUACAGGAACAAUGAAAGAAUGCUGGCAAAUGCACUUGGUGCUUCUGAGGGUAUAACCGUUCUUUAUUUCCAUCAUUCUGUGUCCUAUAAGUAUGGGGGAAGGCUUCGAGUACAGAACCUCUUAGCUUCCAUUCAUUCUGUCAUGUCUGCUCCUCCUGAUGAACUUCCUUUGAAAUUCUUGAAAACACCAUACGAGUUGAGGAAUUUCUUUGAUUCAACUGACAAGGCCAUGCUUCUUUUGGACUUUUGUGGGUGGACCCCCAAGUUGCUGGUGAAGGGUUCAGUUGAAGAGUCUAAUGGAACACAAGUUUGGGAGGAGAAGAAGCAGAAGGCCUCAGAAGACGGCCAAAUGAGUUGCAACGUGAAUGAUGGCUUCAGUGCAUUUCCAUCUUUUGCUGACUUUAUUCUGCGGACUGAUGGCAUAUUGCAAGGAGCAGAGAAUACAUCCUUCGGAGAAGGCUUUUCUUGUACCCUAGAUGAGCUUCAGCGACUUGAAUCUUUCUUCCCAAAAUUCAUAAAGUUGGCAAGGGAUUUCUUUCUUCCACCUGAAAGGCAAGGUUUUGGAGUGGUAUCUGAGAGGUCGUUACUUUCAGACUUGGUUAGCAAUGCUUCUGCUUCCUGGUUGCUAAAGUUGUAUGCAGCUGGUUGCCCGAGCUGCUCGAGGAUUGUUGGAGAAGGCGAUGACCUCAAAGUAGCUAUAGAGACUCAAGAUUCCAUUGUCAAAGAGCUCAGAGAUGAUGCACAUGAUGUACCAACUCUACCUGCAAAUGGCGUGUCAGUAAUUCUUUUCAUUGACAGAUCAUCUGAAUCAUUGUCUGUCUGGAAAAAGAGCAUGGAAGCUCUCCAUACUUUCAGAGACUUUGCAUUGCAAUUUCAAAACUCAAAUCAGAACUGUGGGAAGGUGGAGAAUGCUUCCUUUGAAACUUAUAAAACAAUGGGACCGCCAAAGGUCUUGAAUCCACAGUUGUUUUCAUCAUUGCAGAGUCUAAAUCAGAAGGACAAAACAUCUAUAAUGAUAUUAAAUGAUGGGAGGCAAAUUUCACUGCAAAACUUCAUUUCAGAUUUGCGGGGUAGUUCGUUGCCUGAGGUCUUGGCUAAUUUGCUUCAGGAUAAGAACAAAUCAAAAUUUAGCUCCCUAGCGAAAGAUGCAGGAUUCCAACUUUUAUCCAAUGAUUUUGAGAUCAAAGGCACAGAUGAUAUACAGAGUCAACGGGAACCUGAACCUCACGCAAGUGAAGGUUUGGAAGUCUCUCCAGGAGUUGACCACAGGGAUAUUGCUAACCCAGACAAGGACUCAAAGUUGCCGAUCCCUGGUGCUUUCCCCAUAAUGAAAGAUGAAGAAACGAGUCCUGCUGGUGCUGGAUCCUUGCAGCAGGUUGGCAAUAGUAAUCCUCUCCAAAGAAUCGAAAAAUCAUCUGAAAUACUAUUCAAUAUUCAUACUAGUAAAGUAGAUAGUUAUUCUGAAGACAGCAAUUUUGAAGACGAAAGACUUGCAGGAGUAAAUGAGCAAAUACAACAGAAAAGUUGUAGUAUUUCAUUUUUCUUCAGCGAUGGCGGAUUCAGAUUGCUGAAGGCUCUUACGGCUGCUCACCGGGAGAUUCCAUCAUUAGUGAUAGUGGACCCCAUGGCUCGGAGACAUUUUAUAUUGCCAGAGUCUGAUAUUUCCAAUAUUUCUUUAUUGUCGGAUUUUCUUGAUCGAUUUCUCAAUGGAAGCCUUCUGCCCUAUCAGCAAUCAGAGCAUUUUGUUCAGAGCCCUAGGGAAGCUCCAAACCCUCCAUUCGUAAAUUUGGAUUUCCACGAAGCAGAUCCUAUUCCUCGAGUGACAGCAAAUACAUUUGCAGAGAUGGUCAUCGGCAAUGAAUCUUACUCCAAGGCUGAUAAUGCCUGGAAUACUGAUGUCGUCGUUCUAUUCACCAAUAGCUGGUGUGGAUUUUGCCAGAGAAUGGAAACGGUUGUUCGUGAAGCAUAUAGAGCAAUUAAGGGUUAUGCCAAUAUGUUGACAAUGAGAUCGAGUGAAAGUCUUUUAUUGAAUAAAGAUAAUAGCAGGGUCCACUUGAAGGUUCCACUGAUUUUUCUUAUGGAUUGCACACUUAAUGACUGCAGUCUGAUGUUAAAAACGACUGUUCAGAGGGAAGUAUAUCCUUCUGUGGUGCUAUUUCCAGCUGGCCAGAAAAAUGCCAUCAUUUACAAAGGAGAUGUGGCAGUUUUUGAUGUUAUUAAGUUUUUGUCUGAUGAAGGAACUCUGGUCAAUGAGAAAGGUGUUCCGUGGCUUGGAGUUGAACAAGGUGGAGAUGUUUCUGGAACCGAUCCUAUUUAUCCGCCAACAUACCAUGAAGUUCUACUGAAGGAUCAGACCUCUGAAAUGGUAGUUACUCAACAUAGAAGGGGUCAUUCUUUGAGUGGCUUACAUGAAUCAACUCCUCAAGUACUUACCGGUUCAAUUCUGACUGCAACUGACAAGCUAAUGAAUGCACAUCCAUUUGACGAAUCUAGAAUUCUUAUCGUAAAAGUCGACGAAGCUAUGGGAUUUGAAGGUUUGAUCUUGAACAAGCACAUCCAUUGGGAGUCUCUUGAAGAACUUGAUGAAAACAUGAAAAUGCUAAAGGACGCACCCCUUUCUUACGGUGGUCCAGUUAUGAAACAUGGAAUGCCUCUUGUUGCGUUAGCUCAAGCGUCCAAAAUCAAUCAGCACGUGCAAGAAAUACUACCAGAUGUCUACUUUUUUGAUCAACCGGCCACUCUUCAAUUAAUAGAAAAACUCAAGUUAGGUAAUGAAUCUGUUCAUGGCUACUGGUUCUUUUUGGGGUUUUCAAAUUGGGGCAGGGAGCAGUUGUUUCAGGAGAUCGCUGAGGGCGCUUGGGAUGUAAGCAUAGGCGCCGUUGAGCAUUUAGAUUGGCCUGAAGUUUCCUGAAACCUAUAAUAGAUCUUUGAACAUGGUACAAGAGGUUGACUGUGGAUGAAGUUUACAUCUACUCAAACCACAUUUACAUGACGCCUAUUGUCUCCUCGGAAAUGUACAAAAAAUGUAACAUUUGUUCUGUGGAUUUGUUUAGUUUGGAUGUAAAUUGGGAAUAGCUGUCACUAAUUUGGGAGGGAUCAUGAUCUCUACCCUAUUUUCGUUGGCUGUUGUGCUUUUGUCCAAAAAAUUUUGCAUCUCUCAAAUUGUGCCCAAGUCAACCACUGUUGACUGGUACUGUGGCUCGGCCACCGGGAUUUUGGGCCGCCGGUGGUCUUAUGGUGCCGUCGCAGUGGCUAGUGGUGGAAAAAAUUUAUAAAAUAGGGUUUAAGAUAAUAGUUCAAACAUAUCCUAAAUCCCGUAAUUUAAACGUGUGGUUUAUGUUUACACACUGAUCAUUUCCAUUACAAAAAUUCAUUAUUGUUUAAAAACUCAUUUUUGUCCCUU